AUGGCCGGGAAGGUGGCGCUGCUCCUGUGGGCCCAGACCCUCGGCCUCGCUGGUGCCCAGACCACCCAGCUCCUCGUGGAGCCCCCCUGGAGGCCGGCGGUUCUGUGGGACCGGGUGACACUGACCUGCCAGGGCUCGGGGACAGCCGGUGCCACCACCUGGUACAAGGACAAGCAGCAAUGGUGGCAGCAGGGACGCGACCACUUCAAGGUCACCGAGAGAGGCAUCUAUGAAUGUUACAGACCCGGCAGUGGGUUCAGCUCCCCCGUGGGUGUCUUUGAUGAUGAGCUGGUGUUGCAGGUGCCAGCACAGGCACUGCUGGAGGGGGACACGGUGACACUGCGCUGCCGGGGCCGGCACGACAACCCAGUCACUGAGGCACGAUUUUAUCAGGACGUGAAGGAUUUGGGGGGGUCCCUCACAGGGACCGAGCUGUCCCUGUCCCCCCUGCAGCUGAACCACAGUGGCAUCUACCACUGCAGGGGCCGGGUGGGCUCAGGAAUGUCAAUGUCAGCAGCAGUGACAGUGACAGUGCACGAUCUCUUCUCGGUUCCAGUGCUGGAGGGUCCCCCCGAGCCCACCGAGGGGUCCCCCCUGACUCUCAGCUGCCUCAGCACCCCCAGCCCCCUGCGGCCCCGAGCCCCCCUCCUGCACGUGUUCUACCGGGACGGGCAGGUGGUGGGGGGCCCGCAGGGGUCCCCGCAGCUGCUGGUGCCCGCCGUGGGGGUCUCCCACUCGGGGCAUUACAGCUGCCAGGUGCGCUCCGAGGAGGGGAACGUGAGGAAGAGCAGCGCCCGGCUCCGCGUCACGGUGCGCAUGCCCGUGGCCAAUGCCACCAUCACCCUCAGUCCCCUGGCACACCAGGUGAGCACAGGUGACAACGUGACCCUGCGCUGCUCGGUGCAGGUGGGCUCAGCCCCUGUCACCUUCACCUGGCUGCACAACGGGCAGGAGGUGGCCCGGGGUCCCCUCCUGGAGCUGGGGGACAUCGAUGUGGGACAUUCGGGCACCUACCAGUGCGUGGCCACCAACCAGCUGGGACAGGACGGGCACCGCGUGUUCCGGGCACUCAGCCCAGAGCUGGCCCUGGAGGUGACACCUGGCUCAGCCUGGCUCACAGCUGCCAGGAAGCAGCAGGAAAGGUGA